AUGUUUCAACUUGGUGUAUAUAAUAAAGCUUUAACAAGAAAAGCUAUAACUGGUCUCAGAUAUAAAUCAACUAGUCAACCACUAACAUGGAUUGAAUACUUUAAAUUAAAAAAACAAAGUAAUAGAAUUAAUAUGGUAUCUGGUAUAUUUACCGGUUUGGGAGGGGCAUUAAUUACAUUAAAUUAUUUAGGUAAUAUUGAAAUAGAUCCAGAAAAACCAAUCAUGGGAUUUGAUCCAUUAAUGGUUAUGGGAGGUGUAGUUGGUUUAGGUGCAUUUGUUGGUUAUUUAGCUGGUCCAACUAUUGGUACAAUAGCAUUUAAAUUAAUUAAUAAAUCAAAACUUCAACAAUUUGAAUUGAAAAACUCUGAGUUUUUAACCAGAUUAAUUAAAAAUAGACCAGAUCCAUCAUAUCAAAGUUUUUCAAACCCAAUUCCGGACUACUACGGGGAAAAGAUAUAUUCAUUAAAAGAUUACGGUCAAUGGUUAAGAGAUUGUAAUGCAUUUAGAAGAAAAGCUAAAGAGUUCUUGUGA